UCCCACUCCUGCUCUGAACUAUGAUGGCAGGUAACUCAGGGUGGCAUAACAUUUGCUCAGGGGGCAUCCGGAUUUGAACCAGAGACCUCUUGAUCUGCAGUCAAAUGCUCUACCACUGAGCUAUACCCCCUCUGCUUGUGCUUUCAGGCAGAAUCAGGCCUCUCUGUCUGAACAGUGCAGUAAAAACAGAGCUCAGAUCAGCCGGCUGGAGGCGGAGCUUCAACAGGAGAGGAGGAGGAGGAGCAGGAUGAAGAACAUCAUUCAGGAAGCAGCUGUUGCUCUCAGACAAGCACUGAUGCAGGACUCAGAGGUGGACCAGUGGAAGCAGCUGAUGCAGAGGAUGCUGGUGCUUUUAAGCAGAGACGGAUUUGCCAGCUCCGCUGCUGACGGCGGCAAAGUGAACGAGCUGCAGACGGCUGACUCUGCAGCAGCCCGAACAAGAAGUCUGGAUCCAGAUUGGAGUUUCCAGUUCCAGCUGGCCCGCUACAGGCUGGGAGAUCUGGGUUUUGUGCCUCGCCCCGCGCUGAAACACAAAAACGUGCUCCCCAGGAUGGAAGCUGGCUCCAGCAGGAAACCAUCGAGUCUGAAGGCGGACAGCUCUGUGAAGCUCACCGAUUCAGCUGUGACCUCCAAACAGAACAAACUCAAGUGACAGUAACAAAACUCAUCUCCUAAAAACUGUCGAUUAUGUUGCAGUUCAGUCUGACAUCGACUGAGACUCCUGUGAGCUCAGCCUGUUACAGUAAAGGUGACGCCUCUGUAACAAACUCUAAUAAUGUUCCUGCUGUGAUGAAAACAGCUUGUCUGUUAUUGUGCAGUGAAACAGGAAACAUGUUAUAAAUGUUGUU